GGUGAUUAUGGUUCCUCUUCUACUUUUGAACGGUGGUCCGAAGUAUCUGGAUCGAUUACCUGAAAUUUGACCUGCACGUGCUUCUUUAGGCCAAAAAGUGCUUGGAGAGAGAAUUAAUAUAACAUUCUUUUCUGUAAUUAUACGUAAAACAAUGUAUAAUUCUGAUAGCGAUGAAGUUAUGCGAUGUCCUUAUAAUAAACAUCACAGCAUAUCCAAAUCGAGAUUUCAGCGGCAUCUUGUAAAAUGCGAAAAGAAUUAUCCACCAAAUUACAUGGUCAUUUGCCCAUAUAAUGCAAUGCAUCGUUCAACCAAAAGCGAGAUUGGAGAACAUAUAAAUACAUGUCCUAUGAGAAGCACUGUGGAAGCAAGUUAUAUUCAACCACUGAAUAUGCGCGAUAAGAAGAAUCUAUCAAAGGAAUAUAAUUCUACAAGUGAAAUUGAUAGCGAUAUUUUCUCAGAGGAAGAAGAGAUGAGAAAUUUACAGAAAUUUCCUUUAAGUUCCAAAUCAAGAUAUCAAACCAAUGGAUUUAUUCAGGAAGGAAAGAUGGAAUCAUUCGUUAGCGCAACAAAUAUUGGACCACGUAGUUUAAAUCACUAUAAUUUUCUUAGUGAUGAAUCUACUGCAGAUCAUACACAAUCAAUUCGACAAGGUAGAAUAUCUAGUAAUCAUACCGAAUAUUAUUCAAGAAGAUUCAAGUAACGAGAAGAAAAAAGAUAAAUUAUGUUUCUUAAGCUAACAUAAUAAAGAAGAAUAAUAUAUAAUCUGUUGACAAAAAAGUAAAAUUAUAACAGAAAAUACUUUGUUUUGUUUACUUUUAUAUUUAACAUAGAAAUAAAAGCACUUCAGUUAUCUUUA